ACACUUACUUAACGUCUUUAGCAGCUACAGACAUGAGACCAUCGUUAAUAUCGUUGAAAGGCAUAAGAGUGCCUAUUACUAAGGAAUAUCAAAUUGUGACUUCUUAUGAAAUUCCUUCAUUAUCAUCUAUAAGUUACACAGACUUACCAAAUAAUGGAUUUGGUAAUAAGAACUAUAGCAUUAAGAAAACUAAAUUUAAUCAUUGGCCAGUAUAUAUAAAGAUUCAAAAUACUAAGAUAACAACUGAAAUUAAGAGAAUAAAGGGAGAUAUUAAUCAAUUUAAGCAAGAUUUAUUGAGAUUUAAUCCUAACCUUAAAAUUACUAUUAAUAAAACUGCUGGUUAUGCUAAUGUUAAAGGUGAUGUAGUAGAUGAGAUAAAGGCUUACUUUAAUGAAAAGAUACCUACAGACAUAUAAAUGGGGUCAUAUCAUGUAAUACGUAAUCUUGUACAUAGUGUUAAAUGGAGUAUAGUAUAGCCUAUUUUAAAUAGAUCAAUUUCAAAGUCCUUUGUAAAA